AAACGCGAGGAUGUGUUGCUCGACCUGAGAUCUGAUCGCGUCUUUGGAGGAGGUGGGAAAAAAGAAGAAAUAGGAGGGGAAAAAAAAAAAAGAAAAAAAAAAAAGCGGAGGAUUUGACGGCUGCGAUGUGACGCGGGCAUGCGCUCGUCUUAUGGCCGACUGAGGAGCGCCUGGAUGCGGCAGCGAGGAGGUCCGCGCACGCCGGGAAGCAUCGACCGUCGCCCCGCGUCUUCCCCGCGCCGACACCUCGGCCUCAUGCCCCCCGCCCGGAUGCGCACCUCUCCGCGGAGCAGAGCCGCACUGACGCCGGACCCAAGUCCAGGGAGCACGCAUGGAAACCGUGGACCGGAAUUUUAGGAGGAAGGACAACUAAGCAAAAAAUUUUUCCCUUCCAUCCUUCAAUGCUGGAUUAUUUCUUAAAAAGCUGUCCAUGUUUGGUUUCUCUUUUUUUCUUUUUCUUUUUUUUUUUCUCCCUUGAAGAAUAAAAUGUCUGCGGUGGUUUUGGCAUCAGCCAUUUGAAAAGAUCCCAAGGUUCUGGACCAUGCCAGUCCGGAUCGAGCGCGCCCGGAGAUCGGUCCUGGGUUGACGUCGAGGUAUAGCCACACAGCGCCUGUCCCCCCCGGUCCAGAACCCGGCGAGGUCCACGUCUGGAGAAUACAAAGCAGCCGGGGCGGGGGGGGGGGUUGUGCAGGUUCCCCCCACCACACCUCUUGGGAAAGAACCCGUGUGUGUGUGUGUGAGCCGGUUCUGGUUCCACUUAGACCAGCUUGUGAAACCCUGACGGUCCACAAAGUAGGCCUUGAUCCUGUGGGACCUGCUGUCAGGUUUUCAGGUCACUAGUUGAUCCACUUUGAGGGAAGUUUGACCUGCCCCAGCCCAGCCACCCCUACACACACACCCCCUACUCCCCCCCACAACGCCUUUAAUCUGAUUUCUCACCUGGUCGGCGCCCCCCCACCCAAAACCAACCAUACGAUUCCCCCCGAGCUCCCCUAAUUCCCCCGCCCCCCCAGUGCCCCCCCGCCGCCGCCGUUCGCCCGCCACCGUCCGCCCCCCCUUUUCCGAGCUGGCGUGGCGACGCAAACUCACAAAUAUUUACUUCCUGUACGUGAAGCGGAAAGGGGGCCCCCCUUUCGUGGAAUGCGGCAACAUGGGCGUGUUUGACCGCGGAGUUCAGAUGCUGCUGACCACGGUGGGGGCCUUCGCCGCCUUCAGCCUGAUGACCAUCGCCGUGGGGACGGACUACUGGCUGUACUCGCGCGGCGUCUGCAAGAUCAAGAGCAGCAACGAGAACGAGACCAGCAAGAAGAACGAGGAGGUGAUGACGCACUCGGGACUCUGGAGGACCUGCUGCCUGGAAGGUUCCUUUAAGGGCAUGUGUAAACAAAUCGAUCACUUCCCGGACGACGCCGACUACGAGGCCGACGCUUCCGAGUACUUCCUACGUGCGGUGCGGGCCUCCAGUAUCUUCCCUAUUCUCAGUGUGAUCCUGCUCUUCAUGGCGGGGCUCUGCAUCGCGGCCAGCGAGUUCUACAAGUCACGCCACAACAUCAUCCUCAGCGCCGGCAUCCUCUUCGUCUCCGCAGGCUUGAGCAACAUCAUCGGCAUCAUCGUCUACAUAUCCGCCAACGCCGGGGACCCUUCCAAGAGCGACUCCAAGAAGAACAGCUACUCCUACGGCUGGUCCUUCUACUUCGGCGCUCUCUCCUUCAUCAUGGCCGAAAUGGUGGGCGUGCUGGCCGUGCACAUGUUCAUCGACCGCCACCGGGAGCUGCGCGCGGGGGUCCGGGCCGCCGACUACCUCCAAGGCUCCGCCAUCACGCGCAUCCCCAGCUACCGCUACCGCUACCGCCGCCGCUCGCGCUCCUCCUCCCGCUCCACCGACCCCUCGCACUCCCGCGAGGCCUCGCCGGUGGGCCUGAAGGCCUUCGGGACGCUGCCCUCCACGGAGCUCUCCAUGUACACGCUUCCUAAAGGCCAAACGGGCACGCCCACCGCCACCUAUAACUCCACAGAGAGGGACCACAACUUCCUGCAGGUCCACAACUGCAUCCAGAAGGACCUGAAGGACUCGGGCGGCCACGGCAACGCCGCCAACCGCCGCACCACGCCCGUAUGAAACUGACCAAAACCUGAGACACUUGAAAAAUUGGUCGUCUGAGUGGGGGACUUUGAGGGGCGGGGGGGGCGGUUCGUGUCUUUUGAGGGCUAGAAGGAGGAAAAAUGCAUGAUUUUGCCAUCUAGCGUUAUUUAACAAUUUGGAAGGAGACGAGGGGUCCUGCGGUGGUCUGUGGAGCGACCCGACCAUCCAAUCAAACGGUCAACUUUAUAUUUUUUACUCUUCCCCCCCCGCCUAAAACCCCGCCCUGACCUGACCCAGACCAGACCUGACCCCCUUUUGUCUCUUUCGUUGCCGUAUCUUACCUUACUUUCUUCUUUCCUUUACAUAAAUACUGUGAAGCAUCGCGGCGUAAGAGUUAUUAUAGCAGGGAGCACUUUCCAGGCCGCAAACAGGAAGAAAAAAAAAAGUGAGAAAAAAAAAAAAAAGCAACUAUGUAUGGAUUCUAUAUAAACAUAUGAGUAUACUUGUUAAUACACGCAAAGGACAAGGGAAAAUACAUCAAAGUAGCUUAAGGAGAUACUAAGUCGUCACGGAAACUAAGUGUCGAGGAUCAGCUAUUGGUUCGUCGUAAUAGAGAUGUCCGAUAAUAUCGGAACUGCCGAUGUUAUCGGCCGAUAAAUGCUUUAGAACAGGGGUGUCAAACGUACGGCCCGAGGGCCGGAUCAGGCCCGCAAACUGGUUUUAACCGGCCCCGCGGGAUGAGUUUGGUAAGUAUAAAUAUGGGCCGAAAUUUUGGAAUGAAAUAAACUGCUGUUCUAAAUGUGUCCACUAGAUGUCGCAAUACAAAAAAUAAACCACAUGAUGUUAGUACAUCCGCCGAGGAAAAUUAACAAACUACAUAAAUAACAUCCUAUAAUUUGAUUUUGAUAUUGUUUUUUUAUCUUGAUGGAUUGAAAAUGAACACCAAUAUGUUGACUAAUGAACAUGAUCUAAUAAUUUAUUCAGAAAGUAUAAAUAACGACAAACAAAGGUGGAAUACUAUUAACUACAACAUGUAGGUGUAAAUAAACCCAACAACAUUAUGAUUUGUACAUUUUCAGAAUGUGCUUGUUCUAUUUUUAAACAAAGAAAACAAUCUGAAGUUUUCUUUAUUUUUAAGUUAUUGUGCCGUGAUUUUACCAGUCUGGCCCACUUGGGCAUAGAUUUUCCUCCAUGUGGCCCCGAUCUAAAAUUAGUUUGAUACCCCUGAUCUAAACUUUACCGCUGCUUGUAUUUUUUUCCAUAUUUUAUUGUAAUAUUUUCAGAAUGUGUUUGUUCUAUUUUUGGCCAAAGUAAGACAAAGAAAACAAUCUGAAGUUAUUUUUUUGUUUUAAUGCUAUGGUUGUAAUAGUCCGGCCCGCGUGUGCACAGAUUUUCCUCCGUGCGGCCCCCUGAGCUAAAAUGAGUUUGACACCCCUGCUUUAGAAUGUAAUAUCGGAAAUUAUCGGUAUCGGUUUCAAAAAGUAAAAUGUAUGACUUUUUUUAAAACAGUUGCGUCUCCCAGUCAUACUUGCCGACCCUCCCCAUUUUCCCCGGUAGACUCCCCAAUUUCAGCGGAAAUCUCCCGGGGCAACCAUUCUCCCCAAUUUCUCCCGAUUCCCACCCGGACAACAAUAUUGGGAGCUGUUGACCAAGUAUGCAAGGCAUACUUGGUCAACAGCCAUACAGGUCACACGGACGGUGGCCGUAUAAACAACUUUAACACUGUAACAAAUAUGCGCCACACUGUGAAACCACACCGAACAAGAAUGACAAACACACAUUCGCACCGUAACACAACAUAAACACAACACAACAAAUACCCAGAACCCCUUGCAGCAUUCCGGGACGCUACAAUGUACACCCCCCCCGCUACCCCCUACCCCUUAACCCCGCUCCCCUCCCAUUUGUCCGACCGGAACCCUCUAAUAACUAAAGUUCCUCGGGUGAAUAAUGUCAACUCACUACACCGGUAUGUUUUAGCGCUUCCAUGGCGAGUUUACAGACAGAUAUAAGUAAGAACUGUACACUACUUUAUAUUAGAAAUGGCAACAGCGGAGGAUGAAUGUCCCAUAACAAGAAGAUAAGAGAAAAAGACUACAAAGGCGGACGCGCGCAAAUUUCCAGGACUUAUGCAGAUCCCAAAUACAGAUCAGCAGAUACCAGAAGGCAAGAAAAGUUGCUUUUGCACGAUAUUAAGUUCAAGUUAAGUUGAAGUGCCAAUGAUUGUCUCGCACACACACUAGGUGUGGUGAAAUGUGUCCUCUGCAUUUGGCUCACCCCCUGAGAAGUGAGGUGAGGGGAGCAGUGAGCAGCAGCAGUGGCCGCACGCAGGGAACCAUUUUUGGUGAUUUAACCCCCAAUUCCAACCCUUGAUGCUGAGUGCCAAGCAGGAGGUAAUGGGUCCCAUUUUUAUAGUCUUUGGUAGGGAUGUCCAAUUAUAUCGGACUGCCGAUAUUAUCGGCCGAUAAAUGCUUUAAAACAGGGGUCACCAACGCGGUGCCCGCGGGCACCAGGUAGCCCGUAAGGACCAGAUGAGUAGCCCGCUGGCCUGUUCUAAAAAUAGCUCAAAUAGCAGCACUAACCAGUGAGCUGCCUCUCUUUUUUAAAUUGUAUUUAUUUACUAGCAAGCUGGUCUCGCUUUGCCCGACAUUUUAAUUCUAAGAGAGACAAAACUCAAAUAGAAUUUGAAAAUCCAAGAAAAUAUUUUAAAGACUUGGUCUU